GCCGGCACAAGCCGUGCAGAGUGCUCACGUUGCGUCUUUGAUAUGUGCACCGUUUGCUGCCAACUUUGCAAACUACAGCACCUUCCAAGUGACAACAAAUGCGCGCCCGCAAGCACCGUCCGCCAUGGCGAUGAGCACCUUUCUGUACCACGAGGACGAAACACUGGGCGACAUCAAAUCGCAUCUUCCAUCGACAAACCGCACACAAUCUUCAACCACCCGAUCUUGGACCAGCUCGUUUUUUGCAUCAUCCGAACCCUCUACCGCCGACAAUAUGAGCAGCUUCCUCUCCUCCGCAGAGAACAAGGCCGAGCGAACGCUCGCGCCGCUUCUGCCAAUCCCAGCUUUCGGUGACCUCAGCAAGGCCGCCAACGACCUCAUCAACAAGGACUUCUACCACACCAGCCAAGCCACUCUCGAUGUGAAGCUCAAGGCCCCAAGUGGUACUAACGUUACCAUUAAGGGCAAGCAGGGCUUCGACGGCGCCACUGCUGGCUCCAUCGAGGGCAAGCACACUCUCAAGCCUCAGGGUGUCACCAUCACUCAGGCAUGGUCGACCGCGUCUCUUCUCGACAGCAAGGUUGAGCUCGCCGAUGUUGUCGCUCCAGGCGUCAAGGUUGAUCUUCAGAACCUCUGGAACCCAUCCAAGGAGGGCUCUGCCGCGCAAAAGAUCAACGCCGCUUUCAAGAACCCCAACGUCCACGCCCGCACAUUCGUCAACUACGGCACCGCCAAGGGCAACAUCGAUGCCAUCGUCGACGUUGUCGCCGGCUCUGACGGUUUCCUCGUCGGUGGUGAGGCUGGCUACGAUGUGCAAAAGGCUGCUGUCACCCGCUACUCUCUCGGUCUCGGCUACCAGACCCCAAGCUACGUCGCCAGCAUUGUCGGCUCCCAGAACCUGACUCUCAUCGCCGCAAGCUACUACCAGAAGGUCAACUCCGCCGUCGAGGUUGGUGCCAAGGCUGGCUACGAUGUGCAGGCACAAAAGGCCAGCGGUCUUGAGCUUGCUUCCAAGUACAAGCUUGACCCUCUCUCUUUCGCCAAGGCCAAGAUCAACGACCGUGGUAUCGCCGCUCUUGCCUACAGCACCAAGCUCAACGCUGGCACCACUCUCGGCCUCGGUCUUUCCCUCGACACCAAGUCCCUCAACGAGGCUGGCCACAAGGUCGGAACCUCGCUCACCUUUGAAGGUUAAAUGUAUCACCAGACGCUGUAUGAAUGAUGGGAGGGGGACCAUAGAGCAGAUUCCGAGCACUCGAAGCAUUUCACCAGGAUGGAAGUUUUGCUUUGCUCAAUUGCCUCAGUUGCCAGCUAGCUAGCUCGCUUGAUACCCGGCUACCUGUACUGUGGCAAACUGUACUUGUACAAAUCUUUUUGCUCAUCG